CGGGCCGCCCCGCCAUGUCCGCCGGUUGGCUCCGGCGCCGCUUCCUGCCCGGGGCUCCGCUCCCCUCGCCGCGGCCUCCCGGGCCGCGCGCCAGCCCCGUGCCCUACCGACGGCCCCGCUUCCUGCGCGGCUCCGGCUCCAGCCCCGGCCCCGGCCCCGCCGACGCCUCCCGCCGCCCGGACUCCCGGCCCGUGCGCAGCCCGGCGCGGGGCCGCGCGCUGCCCUGGAACGCGGGCUACGCCGAAAUCAUCAAUGCGGAGAAAUCCGAGUUUAACGAGGAUCAAGCGGCCUGUGGCAAGCUGUGCAUUCGGCGUUGUGAGCUGGAGACAGAAGAUCAGGAGUGGUUGAUGCUGUGCCCAGAGGAAUUCCUGACAGGACACUACUGGGCGCUGUUUGAUGGGCACGGCGGUCCUGCAGCUGCCAUUCUGGCUGCCAACACCCUCCACUCCUGCCUGCGCCGGCAGCUGGAGGCCGUGGUUGAAGGCCUACGGGCCCCUCGGCCACCCAUGCACCUUACUGGCCGCCGCGUCUGCUCCAGCGACCCCCAGUUUGUGGAGGAGAAGGGGAUCCGGGCAGAGGAUUUGGUGAUCGGGGCUCUGGAGUGCGCCUUCCAGGAAUGCGAUGAGGUGAUCGGCCGGGAGCUGGAGGCCUCGGGCCAGGUGGGCGGCUGCACGGCGCUGGUAGCCGUGGCUCUGCAGGGCAAGCUGUACGUGGCCAACGCCGGCGACAGCAGGGCCAUCUUGGUAAGGAGGGAUGAGAUCCGGCCACUGAGCUUUGAGUUCACUCCUGAGACGGAACGGCAGCGGAUACAGCAGCUGGCCUUUGCCUACCCUGAGCUCCUGGCUGGUGAAUUCACCCGACUGGAGUUCCCACGUCGGCUGAAAGGAGAUGACUUGGGGCAGAAGGUUUUGUUCAGAGACCACCACAUGAGUGGGUGGAGCUAUAAACGCGUGGAGAAAUCGGAUCUCAAGUACCCCCUGAUUCAUGGGCAGGGUAGGCAGGCACGGUUACUGGGAACACUAGCUGUCUCCCGGGGCUUCGGGGACCAUCAGCUUCGAGUCCUGGACACAAGUAUCCAGCUCAAGCCCUUCUUGCUCUCCAUCCCACAGGUGAUUGUGCUGGAUGUGGACCAGCUGGCCUUGCAGGAGGAGGAUGUGGUUGUCAUGGCAACCGAUGGGCUCUGGGACGUCCUGUCCAAUGAGCAGGUGGCACUGCUGGUCCGAAGCUUUCUGCCUGGGAACCGUGAAGACCCACACAGGUUCUCGGAGUUGGCCCAAACGCUGAUCCACAGCACGCAGGGGACGGACGGCGGUGCCGAAGGGGCCGUGUCCUACGACGACAUCUCUGUGUUCGUGAUUCCCUUACACAGCCAGGGCCAAGGGGGCCGGGGCCCCUGAGCACGCAGUCGGCAUUCCAGAACUUCCCGUGCCAGCGACAGCGACUGACAUCUCGGCAUUCCUCCACAGGAAGCACAGCCUCUUUCUCUUAGCUUCUGCCUCAGCUGGGGUACAAGUCAGAAAUGGAAGAGGAAAGGUCCAAGCCAACCAGGUGUGGUUUGAAUCCUAGGAUGAGUCCAUGCAGUACAUCCUAGAAACUUUUGAGAAGCCUCAAGUUCACCAGCAGCCAUCUUUUUUUUUUUUUGGCCCAUC